UAUGUUUUAGAAAAAUGGAAGAUAUGGAUACUUCGGACUGUUCGGAUCCGCUCCUUUCCGAGUUUACAGGAUGGCAGACUGAGCCUAGUUGCUCGGACAGUCCUGAGAAAAUAAUCUCCCUGAAGAAGAUUUCAAGAACGGAGGAUGGGAAGGCAACAAUAAUCUUCAUCAUUGACAAGAAUCAACAUUUCACGCUCUACUGUCCUCUUAACUAUCCGAACUAUCAGGAGGAAAACUUCUUUAUAGAAGCUGAACCAGGACUACAGCUCUGGUGUAAUGCACUGAACGAGUAUAUUUUAGACAGUACGGAUACACUCAGUUUGUCCUGUAUCCUGAACAAGAGCUUGUCUUUGUACAGUACUAGAGACAGCAGGAACAGAACGAACAGUGUGAAUAUGAUGGAUAGUGAGGAUGAGGAAGAUGAUGACGGAUCUGCUUCAUCAGGAUCAGAGCAUGAGUCAGAUAUAGAGGAUGCACAGUUGGAUGAUAUGCUAGACAAGGAUUUCAAUACAGAGCUUCUGAUUGCUAGGAGAAGGAAAAGAUGGAAAGCUAAGGAGGAGGAGCUGAGAGCUGAGAGUAGGAACGGGAAGUGUGCAGACCAGGAGGAUUCUGCAGGAUUGUCUUUACAGGAAGUUUACCAUGAUCCUAGUUUGAAGAACAGCCAACCUAAACAGGUGUUCACAAGUGCAGCUGCGUCUGGUAUUCUGAUCAACGAUCUGGUGGCGAUCAUGCAGACUCGAGGUGUUCAGGGUGUAGUUGCGGAUACAGUAGAUGAUAAUAUAUUCCAGUGGAACGUGAAGUUGAGUAACUUCCAGGGAACCAAGUUGAACGAGGACCUGAUGAAGGUGAAUGAGGAGUUUGGUUAUGAUUAUAUUGAGCUACAGCUAGACUUCUCAAUGGAUUUAUAUCCGUUCUUUCCUCCUCUAGUCAAGGUGAUUCGUCCUCGUCUACAGGGCAGUAUGAUGCUGAGGGUUACAACUAUGGAGAUUCUUAAGUUAACCUACUGGGAUCCAGCUCGGGAUAUGAAGUCCGUUCUCACGGACAUUCGAAACUUCCUGAGCACCUGGGCUAGGUUGGAUAUGCACUCGGAGAGAAACGACAAGAUCCGAUACCCUAACGGAGCGUAUAUAGAUAUCGAACAUCAUCUACUACGUCUCGCGCUUGUAAGCGAGAUUGUGCCGAGGGCGAACCAUAAGUAUGUAUCAGAUAUCCCGUCUCCGGUCAGGCUGCCUCCUACAGCCGUCGAGUCCAGAUUUGACCGGCCUAAACCUCCAAAGAAAGAUGAGAAGAAGGAAAAGACCUCAAAAUUGUUCGGACUAACUUUUCAAAAAUCCAAAACAGAGAAGAAAAAGAAGGAUGAGUCUCCGACGAAAAAGAUGGCAAAAGGUAUAGGAUACUCCUCCUACAAUAACAAGGGAUGGGAUGUGAAAGCGUUCAUGGCAGCUCAGCUUGAGAAGGAUAAACAGAUAGAACUUGUUCUUGAAAAGAUUCUCCUAGAGCUUAAGCGAAUACACAUAGUACAGCAGAGCCUCCUGAGUCGAAACCUUCCCGACCUCAUAUCAGAUAAUCCCGGAGAAGGUUUACCUCCUGUAGAUGUGAACUCCCAUGCUAGAUCAAACAGUAGCAGGAGAAAACGAAAACAUUCGCCUGAUGACGUAGCUGCCCAGGAUGAGCUGGCGGAAGAUGGUCCUAUCAAUCCUCUCUCCGAUCUCUACGCUGUUCUUGAAGGUUCAGCUCUCAUUCCCUUCAUUGAGUCCAAGCUGCAGUCCAAUAGCUUCCUGGAAAUAGGACGCCAUCCUUCCGUGUACAGGAUGCUGGUGGGGAUUAUAAAGGAGUUGAGUACUCAGAGUACGCUUCUCUCCCUCCUAGGCCCACUUCCUGAUCAGAAGAAUUCAAUUCAUUUUCUUCUACAGAACCUAGAGCAGCAAGCUAAGAUCAUGAUUAGUAGGAUAGGUAAAGCUAGUGCUAACGGUUCUGUUCCCAAAGCGGAGAAGGGUAAACCUGUAAAGAAUGAGGAUCAUGCUUCAGCAUCUGGAGGAGAUAAUCUAGCCAAAGAGUUCCUUCUACUCUCUAAUCAAGUUACCCAGGCACUCAAGAAUACUUGUGUUCUCCCUGAGGCUACCGCUGAGGGCGGAGUACGGACUAACGGAGUAUCCACUAGCUCUCAAUCUGUUAACCCUAUCCAACCGGAUCAAACCGAUGAUAACUUAGAAGCUCAAUAUAUAGAAGCUCUAAAACCUUACCAGUUUACUACUUUGGAGUUCCCAGAAUCAGGGAAACACGCCCAUUUUUUCCAGUCAGAAUACUCAAGAAGUGAUGCUCCUUCGUUUCCGGUCAUAUGUCGAGUUGCCCAGGACAUAUCUAGCCUGGCUUCACAGGGUUCUCUUCCUUUAAACCUUUCAUCAUCUCUCUUUGUGAGAAGUGAUGAUGAUAAGAGCACUCUUCUUAAAGCCAUCAUUACUGGACCUGAAGGAACCCCCUACACUGGAGGAGUUUAUGAAUUCGAUAUUUAUUUCCCAAGCAAAUAUCCACACUCUCCACCUAAGGUACAGUUUCGAACCACGGGGAACGGAUCGGUUCGAUUCAACCCGAACCUGUAUCAGGACGGGAAGGUUUGUUUAUCUCUUCUGGGAACCUGGGAAGGAGCUCAGGGAGAACAAUGGAACCACGAAACAUCGACAAUUCUGCAGGUGCUGAUCUCAAUCCAAAGUUUAAUCCUUGUCCCGGAACCAUAUUAUAACGAACCAGGGUUCGAGCGUCAUUAUGGUACAACUACAGGGAACACUGAGUCUAUGAAGUAUAGCGAGGAUACGUUUAAGAAUAAUCUAAAGUUUGGUAUCCUCGAGCAGUUGAGUUCUCCUCCUCUAGGGUUCGAGGAGGUUGUCAGACUACACUUCUAUAUCCGGAGAAAUAAACUUAUUCAGGAGAUAGAGAGGAUGGGAGAAGAGUAUGGGAAAGGAGUAAAGAAACUGGUGUCCGAGGUUGUAUCUCUGCUCCAGGUCCUAGAGAAACCCGCCUCUCUAAAUACUCACUAGAGUUGGUUCCUCUCAUCUUAGUCUACUCAGCACUCACUCGACCCAGCUCUAAACUCAAAAUACUGUCUGAAAAUCUAGUUAUUAAACUUAUCUUGGAUUUUUAAUUAUUAUUUUUUUAAAUGUAAUUUUUAUUCGGCCGAUUAUAACAGGGUAUAGGAGGAGACGCAGCAUGUGGCCGUAUCUUUGUUUUAACAAUUAGGUUGUGCUUUAUCAGACAUGAUCCAACCUUCAGUACCUUGAUAAGUUUAAAUUUUGUGACGCAACCCAUUUAGUUUGUUCUUCUGAUUAUUUGAGUUGCUAGAGAAUACGAUCACUAAUGAGCUUAUCUAAAUUCAUGUAAAAUGUAUGUAUUUUGAGACUGUUAUUAUAUUGUUGACCUGUAUCCAUUACCCAGACGUUUUGAAAUUGUUCCGUUGUUGCUGGUCGAGUCUCAUCAUAAUGUGCCAAAAAUUCUUGUAAAUGUGGAGUCCAAGCAGAACCAGCAACAACUUGUAGAUGUCCAAUAGAAAUUCUUUCCAUCUAAAUAUAAUCUUGAUUUUUCCGAAACUAACAUACAUACAUAUCCUCUCUUGUCAUUCCGUAAAGAUUAAACAGUAAAUGGAGUCUGUAUACAGUAUACUUCGUCUAGUUUAAUGUCAGAAAGUGAUGUUUUGCAUUUAAGGUCCCCUGUCCCAUAGUAUAGUUACUCGCACAUACAGAUACUAAAAUACAUAAUAUAUAUUUGUUGUAAUGCA